AUGGAGCUUCUUGGACCAACAUUGGAAGAAGUCUUUACUCGUUGGGCGGAUAGACAAUUGGAUGUAGCGACAGUGGCUCUCGUGGGGAUCGAGAUGGUGAGCGGACUCCACGCCGCUGUUGAUGUGUCCGUCGUUCAGGUCGAUCGACUGGAAGCUCUCCAUCGGGAGGGUUUUGUUCAUCGAGACGUUAAACCAGAAAAUUUUUUGAUAGCAAACAAGGCCCACUGCAAGGUGGUUUGUAUUGAUUUCGGGUUGGCAAAACGCUUUCUCGAUCCCCAGACAAAAGCCCAUCUUCCCUACAACGACCGCAGAAGCCUGACGGGAACGGCGCGUUACGCGUCUGUUAACGCUCACAUGGGAGUUGAACCCAGCCGACGUGACGAUUUGAUUUCCGCCGGGCAUUGUGAAGAUCUGGGAUUCGAUCAAGCACCCGAUUACAACUAUUUGAGAAGUCUUUUAAGUUCGGUAGUUGCAGACAAAAAAACCCUACCGGUAUGA